AAAAAAUAAGAGACUAUAUAAACAGAAAAAUAAUAAGGAUAGAAGUAUUAGUGUUAUACGUCUUUUUUUUUCUGAGAAAAAUUGCCAUAAAAUGUAUAGAUUUCAAGAGAAACUUCAUCCUCGACCAGAUUUUGUAAAAAAAUUAGUAGUAGUUGGAGAUGGAGGGUGUGGAAAGACAUGUUUACUUAUUGUAUAUAGCCAAGGAUCAUUUCCAGAGAAAUAUGUUCCAACAGUUUUUGAGAAUUAUGUUACGAAUGUUUAUUAUGGAUCGAAUAAUAAAAUUGUAGAAUUAGCAUUAUGGGAUACAGCAGGCCAAGAAGAAUAUGAUCGACUUCGACCUUUAAGUUAUCCAGAAAGUGAUGUUAUUUUGAUAUGCUUUGCAAUUGAUUAUCCUUCGAGUUUAGAAAAUGUUACGGAUAAGUGGUAUCCGGAAGUUACUCAUUUUUGUCCAAAUAUACCGAUUGUUUUGGUAGGAUUAAAGUCAGAUUUACGAAAAAAUAGGAAUGCAAUUGGAUUAUUGAGAUCGAAGGGUUUAAAUCCAGUUACAUAUCAACAAGUUUUUUCAAUUUUUUUAUCUGUUAUGUUCAAUCACUAUUAACCACUUAAUAGGCUAUCUCUGUCGCAGAAGAAAUUAAAUCACAAUAUUUAGAAUGUUCUUCAAAGGAAAAUGUAGGUGUUAAGGAAGUUUUUGAUCUUGCUAUUUCUUUAGCCAUAAACAAUAAACGAUUUCGAAAAUUACGUAAAGGCAUGUGUCAAAUCUUAUAAUUUCUUAAAUAUAUUUUAUAUUUAAGAAUCCUAAUUGAUAUUUGGAAUUUAAAUAUUCUUUUUUUUUUGGAUAAAUUUUAUAUACAAAAAAAUAGGUCAAACAUAUUUAUUAUUUUCAUACUAAACCUUCUCCAUUUUGUUCUGUUUCUUGAGUUUCUUCUGGCAUGGGAUAGUGUUCUUUCGACAAUACGUCAUGAAACAUUUUCCACAAAGUAGAUACACUUUCAAAUUCUUUUCCAACCUAUUUUUUGGGUUUUAUUUCUCAAAAUUGAAAAAAAAAGACU